GUGAGUGCAUUGUCAUUGUCAGCUUUAUAUUUAGGGAAUUGAUGAGAUCCUAAUUCCAAAACAAGCAACAAGUUGCCUACUUUACUGGUUCAUCAACUUAGAGCGAGAGAGACAGAGAGACAGAGAGAGAGAGACAGAGAGAGAGAAGAUGCCUUGUCUUGACAUCUCUACAAACGUGAGCUUGGACGGGGUUGACACUGAUUCAAUCUUCUCUGAAGCCACAAAAGCUGUUGCUACUAUCAUUGGAAAGCCAGAAACUUAUGUGAUGGUGGUACUAAAAGGUUCAGUGCAAAUAUCAUUUGGUGGAAACAAAGAACCAGCUGCUUUUGCAGAGAUAGUAUCAAUGGGCGGCAUCAACUCUGAAGUAAAGAAGAAUCUGAUCCUCACCAUUGGCACAAUCUUACAGGACAAGCUUUCGAUUUCAAGGUCACGAUUUUUUCUCAAAGUUUAUGAUACGACCGCAGGACGUCACCCUUCCAAAAUAUGAUUCUUUCAACGUGUUUCAUCAGAAUGGCUAAAUACAAGUAUUAAUACUCACACAUUGUGUGGUAAUAUGAUCUAGUAAAUUCUAAUGGAGAUGCUCUUAGACUAA